AUGAAAUCGGCAGAACCUAGUUUAGGGAAUGGUGGAGUUCACAAACCACCACCUUAUCCUGUUGAACCGUCCAUGGCAAUUAACAAUCAGCCAGCUCCUCCUGACGCUCGAACAGCCGAUCUUGUUUCAGCCGUUCAAUAUGGAUAUUAUGAUCGCGUAGUGGAAUUAAUUGAGCCUUACCCUUCUCUCGCGUCAACACCAGUAAAUGGAAACAUAACAUUGCUUCACUGGGCAGCGAUUAACAAUCAUGUUGAAAUAGCGAAAUAUCUUAUCAGCAAACGAGCAGACGUGAAUGCUUUUGGUGGCGAACUGAAUUCAACGCCGUUACAUUGGGCUAUCCGCGAUGGUGUGCUCGAAAUGGUGGUUUUCCUUUUGUCCCAACAAGCACAGCCAUCACUCUUUGAUGGUGAAGGUUAUUCGGCUCUACAUCUUGCGAGCAUGUUUGGUCAUACGGAAAUCGUUGCCUAUCUAAUUGCCAAAGGAGAAAAUAUAGAUCUACUUGAUAAACACGGUAUGACACCAUUAAUGCAUUCUGUUAGCAGAAGCAGAUCUCGUGAUCCGACGCAGUUACUAAUUCGACUUGGUUCUCAAGUUAAUUAUCAAAAUCCAACGAAUAAAUGUACUCCUCUUCAUUAUGCAAUUAUGGCAGUAAAUCGAGAAGCAAUUCGAAUUCUACUGCAAUCCGGUGCUCAUAUCGAUAUCCGAAAUGCUGAUAAUGAAACUGCAUACGAUGUUGCAAGUCGACAGCCAGAAUCUCGUUAUUUAACAUAUCUGCUAACAGAGAAUCAACCGUCCAAUUCCAAUUUACCGAAAUAUUUGCAAUUCAGUAAAUCAAGCCGACGCUUAGGAACGAAACUUUCGCCAUAUUUACUUAUUUUCUUCAUUGCAUUUAUAUUUCAAUGGAAUAUUUCAUUGAUUUAUAAAGGUGUCCUAUGCCUCGCUUUAUUUCUUGCAGCCAACGGGUAUAUGAUGAUCUUCUUCGAUAACAAAGUCGAUCGAUAUUUACCAAUAUCUAUCGCUCAAGCAUCAAUCUUCUGGCUAUAUGUUUGUUAUUUCUACUAUUUGCUGCCAUACGUACAUUUCAUCCCAUAUACAAUAUUUCCAAUAGUUAUAUGCACUUAUCUUUCGUGGAGUAAUUACUAUCUUGCUGAAAAGUGUGAUCCGGGUUUUAUCCAUGGAAAUCGGGAUCAAGUGAAUCGAACUAUUUGUCAACUAGUCGAACAAAAUCUCUUUGAUUACAGUAAUUUUUGCACGGCAUGUCUGAUACGUCGGCCACUCCGAUCAAAACAUUGCAAAGAAUGUCAAAGAUGUGUAUCCAAAUUUGAUCAUCAUUGUCCAUGGAUCGAUAAUUGUGUUGGCGAGAAAAAUCUGCGCUACUUUACUGGCUUUCUCUUUUUUACACCCAUAUGUCUUGCUUUGUAUCUCUAUGGUGCAUACCUAUACUACCGAGAUCAUUGCCAUUUGUUUUCAUCGGAAUCGAUUUUGCAAGGGCUUUCAGUUGCCUACACUUGUACUCCAGCUGUUCUUUUUUUCACUGGACUUGCGUUCUUGCACAUAACUUGGAUUAGUGGACUGUGUUUAACUAUUCUUUAUCAGAUUGCAUCUGGCUAUACUACAAAUGAAAAAAUGAACUUCUGGCGUUAUAAAUAUCUUCGAUCAGCCACUCGUAGUCCAUUCUCAUUUGGAAUUAUACAAAAUAUGAUCGAUUUACUCAAUCGGUCUAUAUGUGGUUACGCACCUGUUCUACUUGAUUGGUCGCGAAUUUAUUCACUCGAUGAUUUCUACCAUAGUCUACCAGCACGAAUGCGACAGAGAAUGAAUCUCUCGUCUGUUGCUCCUUCAACAGAUUUUUUGAAUGUUUAA